UUCAGGGUGUACCCCGCCUCCUGCCCGUUGACAGCCUUGUGAGGAUAAGCGGCAAAGAAUACGGACGGAUGGAUGGACAAGAGUGAGCCAAUCAGGAAAACUUUUCCAUGCAGCUACCGACUGGAGGAAAACACCUCUAAAGUAGACGCAAACCUAAUUUCAGCGGCGAAGGUAAGGCGGGUGAGAGCAGUUUCUCAUUUACAAGGCCAACCUAGAAGUUGAGUGUCUUGCCCAAGGACACUUUGACAGCAAACAGCCAGAGCCGCCUUAGAAGAACUCCAACGGGACUUUUUCCAUAUGGACUGAGUGUCAUGUGAACAUCUCCGGGCAGAGUCCACAUUGAGAUGCGAUUCGGUCUCUAAUAAGAAGCCCUUUAAGCAGCAGCAGCAGUAGCAGACACGUCGCGCGGCUGCAGCGGCGUAAGAAAAACGAACAGACAGACGGGACCCUCUCUGUGCAUAUUUUUGGGAGGAAGAGGAAGGAGGACGGAUCCCCUGAGAAGGCGAGCAUGGCUGCUUACGCAUCCGGCCCUUGAUGCAAAACGGUGCCGCGAGAGUGGGGGGGCCGUUCAUCGUCGCCGACACGCUCGUACGCGGACUCAGAAGCUCUUCAAUGGAGACAAUGAGAGACCUGGUCCUGAUGGUGAUCAUCCUGCUGCCUCUGGCGGCGGGGGAGCCGGAGCACUGCAUCAUCCAGCGAGAGCAUGACAAGUGCAUGGAGAGGAUGGACAUGCAUGACCCCAGCGAGGACUUGGACAUGGCUUGCCCUUGGAUGUGGGACAACCUGACCUGCUGGCAGGCGGCCGCCGUCGGGGAUGUGGUGGUGGUCAACUGCCCGGAGUUUUUCCACGACCUGAUGGGCCCGGAGGACGAGAUGGGUCGGGUGAGUCGGAACUGCACGGAGGACGGCUGGUCCGAACCGUACCCUCACUACCUGGACGUGUGCCUCUUCUACGACAACGCCACUAAACCAGACAUGUACUACGCGUCAGUCAAGGCUUUGUACACGGUCGGCUACAGCACGUCUCUGGUGUCUCUCACCACCGCUAUGGUCAUCCUCUGCAGGUUCAGGAAACUCCACUGCACCCGGAACUUCAUCCACAUGAACCUGUUCGUGUCCUUCAUGCUGAGAGCCAUCUCGGUCUUCAUCAAGGACGGCGUGUUGUACGCGCAGGAGGACAGCGACCAUUGCUUUGUGCACACUGUGGCGUGCAAAGCGGUGAUGGUUUUCUUCCAUUACUGCGUCAUGUCCAACUACUUCUGGCUCUUCAUCGAAGGCCUCUACCUCUUCACCCUGCUGGUGGAGACCUUCUUUCCCGAGAGGCGCUACUUCUACUGGUACACCAUCAUCGGCUGGGGAACCCCCACCAUCUGUGUGACCGUCUGGGCCGUCCUGAGGCUCCAUUUUCACGACACCGGAUGCUGGGACACAAAUGAGCACACUGCCCUCUGGUGGGUGAUCAAAGGACCUGUCGUGGCCUCCAUCAUGAUCAAUUUUGUUCUCUUUGUGGGCAUCAUCAUCAUCCUGGUGCAGAAGCUGCAGUCCCCGGACAUCGGCGGCAACGAAUCCAGCAUUUACCUCAGCUGUGCUCAGAAAUGCUUCAGUGAGCCCUCACAGGCUGUUCAGCAUUCGUGCAGGAUGUCAGAGUUGUCCACCAUCACACUGCGUCUGGCGCGUUCCACCCUGCUGCUCAUCCCGCUGUUUGGAAUUCACUACACCGUCUUCGCCUUCUCCCCCGAGGACGUCAGCAAGAGAGAGCGGCUCGUCUUCGAGUUGGGCCUGGGAUCCUUCCAGGGCUUCGUGGUCGCCGUCCUCUACUGCUUCCUCAAUGGCGAGGUGCAGUCGGAGAUCAAGAGGAAAUGGCGCAGCUGGACGGUGAACCGAUACUUUGCUGUGGACCUGAAGCAGCAGAGGCACCCGUCGCUGGCCAGCAGCGGCGUGAACGGCGGGACGCAGCUUUCCAUCCUGAGCAAGAGCAGCUCUCAGAUCCGCAUGUCCAGCCCGCUGGCGGAGAGCGCCAACAUCAGCCUGCCCACCUGAGCGCGUGAAUGGCGCGACCCCGCCGUCAGCCGCCGCCGCCGCCGCCGGCCGUCUCGAAUGAAUCCACGCCAGGCGGAAGAGACCAAAGUGGCCCCGGCUCAUGAGUACUUUUCCAUUUUCCCCUUCUCUCAGUGAUGCGCUUCACUUUUCAAUUCAAAACAAUCAAAGGAGACAUUAGAUAUGUUUUCUGUUUUUUUUUAAGUCAUUUAAUCGAUUCUGAUGAAUAUACAGUUGGGGUCAAAUUUGGGCUCGUGUACAGUCAAUGUCAUCGUGCUUUAAAGUGCCAUAGAAGUCCAAAGGUCAAAGGAAAAAAAAAAAAAAAAACCUUCGCCUUGCUUGUGACCCUAACCCUUACCCCAAACUGAAAUUUUUCUCCAACCCAUAAACCCCAACCCUACCCCUAAAAUGUAAUUUUGACCCUAACCACGAAUUUAAACCAUAAACCCCAACCCUAAUUUCCUCCGACCCUAUCACCAGUCCCAACCUAUAACCCCGAACCUGAACCCUAAGCAAAAACCCAUCACCUCCUGAACCCUAACAUGCAAUUUUGACCCUAACCUCGAAUUUAACCCAGCCCUUAACCCCGACCACUCCAAUCCUAAUACCAACCCGAACCCAAACUCCAAAACCCUUACCCCAACCCUCCCACCAAAAUGCAAUUUUGACCCUAACCCCGAAUUUAACCCAGCCCUUAACCCUGACCACUCCAAUCCUAAUCCCAACCCGAACCCAAACUCCAAAACCCUUACCCCAACCCUCCCACCAAAAUGCAAUUUUGACCCUAACCCCGAAUUUAACCCAACCCUAAUUUACCCCGACCACUCCAAUCCUCAUCCAAACUCAACCCAAACUAAAAAUCCCUUAUUCCAACCCUACACCAAAAAUGCAAUUUUGACCCUAACCUCAAAUUUACCCCAACCCUCACCCCAAUCCUAAUUUACCCGACCACUCCAAUCCUAAUCCCAACCCUCCCCCUAAAAUUCAAUUUUGACCCUAACCUCAAAGUUACCCCAACCCUAAUUUCCUCCGACCCUAUCACAAGUCCCAACCUACAAACGCCGAACCCGAACCCUUAGCAAAAACCCAUCCCCUCCUGAACCCUAAAAUACUCAUCGUUCCGCUCCCCUUUUCUACUAUCAGCCGUAAGUACCGAGUAUGUCAAAAAAAAAAAAAAAAAAAGCUAACUUGUGGCGUUUGUAAAUAUUUUGAGUGUAUUUGUGUUAUUUAUUCCAUCUGCAAGUAUUCCGGUGCGUCGUCUCCAACUGGAAAAUGCGUCGACCUCGUCCCGCGUCCAAACUCGACGCGGAGACGAUUGCAAAAUUCGAGCUCGUGGCAACGUGAAUGACUUUUCUACCAAUUCUCCCACGUAUACAGUGCAAUAGAGCCCCGCCAUGGAAUUUUUUCCCCGACGUCACCUGCAGCUUUCCACAACGUCGUACGAGGAUCUCGAGGUCCGCUUCCGUCCCGUCCGCCGUCGCGUGUCCGCAAAAAAAGUGCCUCGUCCCUCGCUCGUUUCCAUCUUACUUACGGCGGACUUUACAAGCCAUUUUCCUGCAUUGAAUGUAAACAUUCUUUUUUUUUUUUUCUCUCACACGCUUCAUACAACAUUUACAAAUAUUUUAUAGGUUAUAGUUAUAUAAUAGAUAUAAUGCAUUUAUAUGUACUGUAAAUAUAAAUUAUUUACAAAGUUAAAUGUCAUUUGAUGAUCAUUUAUUUAAUUUUUUUUCAUCCGGGAAUAUUCAUAUAGGAGUGCGGCACUUUAAUAACGUCUUUAUUUACCUUUGUUUAUUCAACUUUAACCCCCGGAAAAUUUAAAAUCAGUUUGAUUACAUUUUUAAUAAUGAUGAUGGUAAGGUUGCCGGCACGGUGCAUCAGCUGGUAAAGCGUUGGCCUCACAGUUCUGAGGACCCGGGUUCGAUUACUACGAUUAGUACUACUACCUGCCUGUGUGGAGU